AUGAGAGUGGCGCUGAUCCCCGUGGUGCUAGUCCUGGCUGCCGCCUGCAUCCCCGCCGCCUCUCGUGGCCUCUCGUCGCUCCCGGACGCCGCCGCCGCCACCGACGCCCCGUCCCGCUUUGCCGCCCUGGACGACGUGCGCCUGCUGGCCAGCGGCCUCCUCCAGCUGGGCCAGAGCCUGCGGGAGUUCGUGCAGAAGACGAAGGGGCAGAUCAACGACAUCCUCCAGAAGCUCAACAUCUUCGACCACUCCUUCUACAGGCUGUCGGUGCUGGCCAGCGAGAUCAAGGAGGAGGAGGAGGAGCUGAAGAAGACCACCGUGGUGCUGAAGGCCAACAACGAGGAGAUCAAGGGCCUGUCCGAGGAGAUCAACUCCAAGAUGGACAGCAUUUUGCAGGAGAAGAACCAGCUGCAGAGCAAGGUGCAGGGCCUGGAGGAGAAGCUGAGCAGCCUGUCCAACGGCCUGGUGACGAGCGAACAGCUGGCGGAGAUCAACAAGCUGAGGGACGUGAUCCACAGUCAGGAGCAGAACAUCCUGGAGCUGCUGAAAGCAGUGACCGAACAGAGCGACCAGCUCAACUACCAGAGGAGCAAAAUCAAGGCCCUGGAGGAAAAGCUGACAGCCAACAUGUUGGCCCAGGAGACCGUGGAGAGGAUGACAGAUAACUUUAACAGUGAGGCGCCGACCCUGACCCCCUAUCUGACCCCAACAUCCUCCAGCACAGGUACAGUGACCAGUUUUCCGUCGGACUGCAGCGAGCUGUUCGGCCGAGGGGAGCUGGUUAGCGGCCUGUACGCCGUCAGGCCCAGCGGAUCCCGGCCGUUCAUGGUUUUCUGCGACAUGAGCAACGAUCACGGAGCCACAGUGAUCCAGCGCAGGACGGACGGAUCAGUGAAUUUUGACCAAACGUGGGAGAAGUAUGAACAGGGCUUCGGAGAUUUCCAAGGGGAGUUUUGGCUGGGUCUCAGCAAGAUUCGCUCUCUUGUCUCUCAGGGAAACUCCGUCCUCCACAUUUUACUGGAGGACUGGAAACACAACAGACGUUUCAUCGAGUACAGUUUUCACCUGGACGGCCCGGAGGACAACUACAGAGUCCACCUCACGUAUCUGUCCGGUAAUCUGCCCGACCCUCUGACCAACCACAGCGGCCUGAUGUUUUCCACGAAGGACAAGGACAACGACAAACACCAGGGCGUCCACUGCGCCCAGCAGCAAACCGGUGGAUGGUGGUUCGACGCCUGUGGAGACACAAACCUCAACGGCAGAUAUUUCCACACAAGGCCAAAGUGGCGCUCCGACCGACGGAAAGGAAUCCAGUGCGGAUCGGGCCGAAAGUCGUCCUAUUCCAUCAGACUGAGCCAGAUCUCCAUCUAUCCUGCGUCCUCCUCCAGGACCGGCUCCCCGGCCUCAGCGUCCUCUGAGGCGGGGAACUUUUCGUGA